ACGAUCACAUACGAUCGCUAUGCUAUUAAUAUUGAGCAUGAAACUCGCCUAUUUUUACCUCAGGGAACUAUACUCUACUUGAGACUUCGGGCUCCUAUACCUAUAGCCUGGCCCGGAGAUGCUGUGUUAUCAACGAGCUGCGCAACAUUCAUGCGCCUCGACAUACAAAGGGUUCAGGGCUGACUGUGCACGAUAACAGCCUUGGCGCUGAUUUUUAUCAUUACUGGACUAUAUAAAGUCUCGACAUCGACGUCGUCAUACCCCUAAACGCCUUUCUACUACGCUUACGAACCGCUGCAACACACUAUCAUGACAGAAGCCCUCGAAAAAUAUUUGACGCUCUCAGAUGGAAGGAGAUUAGCUUACGCAGACAUUGGAGAUCCAACGAGCUCCCUUGUUAUUGUCAUGUACCACGGGAUAUUUGGUGUUGGAAGAGCGACUCGCCUUUCCCCGGCCUUGCGAGAACUAGGCAUUCAUUUUGUUUCGCCCACUCUUCCUGGGUGGGGUACCUCUGACAUCCGCCCUAAGGACCUACCAUAUCCUGUCUGUUUAACAUCCGACUUCACCGCUUUAAUCAAUCACCUUCACCCUAACGAUGAGAAUCUCAGGAUAUACAUCAGUGGAGGCUCGUUCGGGACUGUCCCUGCACAGAUUCUUUACGGGGCAUCCUUCGACACCUUUCCACUUGGGCGAAAGAUAGCCGGGUGUCUGCUCCUGGCACCAUUUUCUCCUUUCAAAUGGGACAAGACGUAUACGAAAGGAAUGACGUGGCAGAAUUACUUCUCAGUCGGACCCCCUUCACAGCUGUUACCUUUCAGAAUCGUUCCCCGAAUGCUAGCGGCGGCGAUAUCGUCUCAGAUGAGCACGGUCGAGAAAACUGAAGUUCUCAUCAGGAAAGUCCUGUUUGACAAAGCGGAUGAAACGGAGCGCGCGGCCUUUGCGAAGUGGAGGGAACAGAAUGGUCUUGCCGAGGGUCAACUCGAAAGGGAGUCUGCAGAGAAUGCGAUGUGUAGUAUAGCAACAACCCGAGAAGGUUUCUUGGAGACGUCGGAUGACCUUCAUUGCGACUGGGGUUUCUGUCCUAAUCAGCUGGAUGAAGAGCACUCGAAGCGGCCUUUGCUGAUUGUCGCGUCGACGACUGAUGAACUGGGUCCCGAGAUGGCGGAGUGGCUUGCCAGAAAUUACGCUAACGCCAAACUCGAAUGGGUUCAAGGUGGACAUAUAGCUGCGUUGUAUGAGGUGGAUGGCAUCUGGAAGCGUUUUAUUGAGGAGGUGGAGGGAUCCAAUGUUGCCAAUUCUGAACGUUAGCAGCGCCAUCCAUGAUAAUAAUAUUUCUUUUUUCUGCUGUAAUGUUCAUUUCGUCGUUAGGUCACGGUUUUUGAUUUUUCCUACAAACACUUCUCCCGCGCCUGACAAGUAUGUUGAUUAUAUGUAGUACAUAAUAACCCUCUUCUUCACCAAAUUUUCAUUGGAUGUCUCAACUCAGUCAAGCAGCUAAGCUCAAG